AUGUCUUAUAUCACUAGUUCGAUUCUUGCUGGAAUAGAUAGCGUCUUUUAUAUGGAAAAAGCGGUAGCCUUGAAGAAAUGUUCGACAACUGGGCAAACCCAAAUCAACACAAGGGAAUUAAAUGAUACGUUUCAAGUCCAAAAGAAAAAUAUUCGCACAGCUGCGCUCAUUGUUUGUACUUUUACGUAUUUGAUUAUUGGUGCAUGUGUAUUUGAUGCACUUGAAGAUGCUUCUUUCACUGACCGGCAAGUUUUCAUUCAUUAA